CGUGAUACAACGUCCGCACACCGGCACAAACGCAGUUCUUUUCGGGUAUCCUUCAAACCAAAUGCGCUCCUGCAAAGCAUUUUCAUCGGAUACGUAUCAAAACAUCACUGAAGAAGCACUUCACCCAGAGAAGCACGACAACCCCCGAACAACACAACUGUUUUACAGGAGUCUGAGUUGGAGAGACCGCAUAUGAAACAUGAAGCGGAGCCAGACACCCCCAACAUUAAAGAAUAACAGGAAAAUGAAAUCCCCAAGUUUUUCAAUGAAUGUCAGUGUGAAUAAUGAAGAAAAUGAAGGUACCAGCAAAGAGAGCAGAGCAGCGAAACCUUCGAGCUACAGCUCAUUUCAACAGCUGACAACAAAAGAUAUCACAGUGCAAGAUAUUCACUCUGCGAAGCGCGACCCCCUUCACGUCAAACAGGAGGAGUCGGAGAUGCAGUGUAUCAAACAGGAGGCGGAACCAGAGACCCCCAGCAUGAAAGAAGUACAGGAAAAUGAAAUUCCCAAGCUUCCAAUGAAUGUCAGUGUGAAGAGUGAAGAAGAAGGUACAAUUGAAGAGAGCGGCACAGCGAAACCUUCAAAGGACCGCUCAUUUCAACACCUGACAGAAAAAGGAGAGGGACGAUCUCAACCACGUGGCCUCUUAGCACCGCUCUCGGACAGGGACGACGUAACAUCAUCCUCUUCUGACUUUAACCCUGAUGAGGAGGAUGUUGACUUUGACCAAAAUGUUUCAAAAUUCUCAAACCAGCCAUCAUUGAAAAGAAAGGCCAAAGACAACGUGGAGUACAGAUGUGGAAGAUAAGGAGAGGAAAUCCAGGCCUUGACGAGGAACUGAAAAACUAAAGAAAAUGAGGAAUCCCGCAGACGUCACUAUAAAAGAGCUUCAGCCUGAGAAACACGCUCACCUCCACGUUAAACAGGAAGAGUCGGAGAUGCCGUACAUCAAACAGGAGGCGGAGCCAGAGACCCUCAACAUUAAAGAAGAAGAACAGGAAGAUGACAUCUCUAAGUGUAUAAUGACUGUUGCUGUUAAGAGUGAAGAAGAUGAAGGUCCAAACAAAGAGAGCGGAGCAGCAGAACCUUGGAGCGCCAGCUCACUUCAACACCUGACAACAAAAGGAGAGGGACGACCGCAACCGGACAGUUUGUUAGCUCCGCUCUCGGAGAGUGACGACGUAACGUCACACUCUUCUGACUUUAACACUGAUGAGGAGGAUAGUGACUUUGACCAAAAUGCAUCGAAAUCACUGGAAAGAGACACAAAAGAAUGCGCGAAUGGGAGGCCUUUUGCUUGCUCAAUUUGCGGUAAAAGAUUCAUUCAGAAGAUUCAUUUAAAAAUACACACGCGUACACACACAGGUGAAAAGCCUUUUCCCUGCUCUCUUUGCGAUAAAAGAUUCCGUUCAAAGCAAGAGUUAACAACACACACGCUUACACACACCGGGGAAAAGCCUUUCGCCUGCUCUGUUUGCCAUAAAAGAUACUUCACGAAGACAGAAUUAAACAGACACACACGUACGCACAGUGGGGAAAAGCCUUUCCCCUGCUCUCUUUGCGAUAAACGAUUCCGUACCAAGCAAGAGUUACCAAGACACACAAGAACACACACUGGAGAAAAGCCUUUCCCCUGCUCUCUUUGCGAUAAAAGAUUCUGUUCAAAGCAAGAGUUAACUACACACACACGUACACACACCGGGGAAAAACCUUUCGCCUGCUCAGUUUGCCAUAAAAGAUUCUUCACGAAGACACUUUUAAACAGACACGCACGUACGCACACUGGGGAAAAACCUUUUGCAUGCUCUCUUUGCGAUCAAAGAUUCUGUACAGAGCAAGAGUUAACACACACGCAUACACACGCCGGGGAAAAGCCUUUCGCCUGCUCAGUUUGCCAUAAACGAUUCUUCACGAAGACACUUUUAAACAGACACACACGUACGCACACUGGGGAAAAGCCUUUCGCCUGCUCCGUUUGCCAUAAAAGAUUCUUCACGAAGACACGUUUAAACAGACACACACGUACGCACAGUGGGGAAAAGCCUUUCCCCUGCUCUCUUUGCGAUAAAAGAUUCCGUACAAAGGAAGAGUUAACAGGACACACAACAACACACACUGAAGAAAAGCCUAUUGUUUGCACAUUUUGUAGUAAAAGAUUCAAACGGAAGGGAGAAUUAGUGCGUCACACACGUACACACACUGGGGAAAAGCCUUUCCCCUGCUCUCUUUGCGAUAAAACAUUUUGUUUGAAGCAUCAGUUAACAAGACACACACUUACACACAGUGGAGAAAAGCCUUUUGUCUGCACAACUUGUGGUAAAAGAUACAUCGAUAAAAAAGAUUUAAGCAUUCACACAAGAACACACACUGGAGAAAGGCCUUUUCUCUGCUCUCUUUGCCAUAAAAGUUACUUCACGAAGGCACAAUUAAACAGACACACGCGUUCACAUGGGGAAAAGCCUUUUUCCUGUUCAGUUUGUGGUAAAAGAUACACCCGGAAGGAAGAUUUAAAGAAUCACGCUAAAACACACCCCUAAUUUGCUUACGGCUUACUGUUUUUCACAAUUUUACUUCUGAUUGUCAUCAAUACUUGUUGCUUCCCUUGUUUUUCUUGCUGUUUGUCCAAUUUUUCAAACUUUAUCUGACCGCUUCAGGGAAGAUUUUGUCUUGUGCAUUGCAAUGAUUUAAAAUCUGCUUCACUGUAGAAUUACUGGACCUUUUUAUUGUGACUAUCAAAUGUUGUUGUUCAUUAGUGACUGUCAGACAUGCUUUUUUGUAAACUGUACAUACCAGUACUGUUUGUAUUUUAUUAAUCUCCUUAAUGGCAUACCGCAAGCAACACGUCACUUCUGAUCAUUACUGUAAUUUCCCGAAUAUAAUGCGCACCCAUGUAUAAUGCGCACCCCAAAUUUACUUGUAAAAUCUAGGGGAAAUUAUUGUACCUGUUUAUAACGCGCACCCUAAUUUUAGCAUACCCACUGUGAAGUAUGGGGGUGGGUCAGUGAUGCUGUGGGGCUGUUUCGCUUCCAAAGGCCCUGGGAACCUUGUUAGGGUGCAAGGCAUCAUGAAUGCUUUGAAAUCCCAGGGCAUUUUAAAUCAAAAUCUGUUGCCCUCUGCCCAAAAGCUGAAGAUGGGGCGUCACUGGGUCUUUCAGCAAGACAAUGACCCUAAACAUAUGGCCAAGUCUACACAGAAAUGGUUCACCAGACACAAAAUCAAGCUUGUGAAACAUUAUCGGAGAAGAUUAGUUGCUGUUUUGUUGGCAAAAGGGGGUUGUACAAAGUGUUAACACCAGGGGUGCUAAUAAUUGUGACACACAUUAUUUGAUGUCAAAUAAUUAUUUCUUUAUGUGGGAUUUUUUCCCCACUGAAUAAAUGCACUUUUA